AUGGUUGGCAAGCCAAGGUACAUUGCCCCAGAGGUCCUUGGUGAUGAUGGCUAUGACCUCAAGUAUGAUAUCUGGAGUGCUGGAGUCACUGCUUACACUUUGAUGGCUGGGUAUCAUCCUUUCGAGGCAGACCAUGAUGUGGAGGUCUACCAACAGAUUGUUGAUGGGUACUUUGACUUCAAGGGCCCAGAGUGGGAGACAGUCUCAGACCAGGCCAAGGACUUUGUGAGCAAGCUACUGACCUACAAGGAUGAAGAACGGCCAACAGCAGAGGAGGCCCUCAGCCAUCCCUGGAUCACUGGUGAUAAUAGUGGUGUGCCCUUUGCUGCUGCUGAGCCUCAAAUUGUGUGGAGUGCAGAACCAGCUGUGAAAUCCAAGGAUGAUUUUGUCUCCGGAAGGGAAGGCGGCUUUGACGACCACUACGACCUUGGGGAAUUGCUGGGGGGGGGAGAGUUUGGUGCAGUUUACAAAUGCACGCACAAGGAGACAGGAAAUGAAAGAGCUGCCAAGAUCAUGGAGAAAGCAGAGAUGGACAAGUGGGAGUAUGAUGCAGUCAUUGAAGAAUUCCAGAUUCUGACCAGCAUUGACAACCCCAAUGUUAUCCGUGUGUACUGUUUCUAUGAAACUGAUGAGAAGUUCUACAUUGUCCAGGAGCUGGCCAAGGGUGGAGAGCUCUUUGAUGAGCUGGAGAAGCAUGGUAGACUCUCUGAGAAGGAUGUGCUCACCUGA